AUGGAGAAAUCUGUGUCUACUGCAAAUGAUCGGAUAACCUAUGAUCUUAUUUUCUUGAAUUUAGAACAUAGUGUGUUAUAUGGGCUUUCUGGGAUAAAAUUGGAGAAAAGGGUUAGAUUGGAUUGGCCACCUCCAUUUGCAAGGAAUGACCUUUUUAUUAAUGUCAUGGAACCUGGCAGUGUGAUUCGACGCCUAGAAUUUGUGGCCCCAGAUGAUGAAUUUGAAACGGAUAAUAUGGUGCAACUUGACGUUGACAUGCCCUUUUGUCAUGCUCAUAGGGCAAGUGUUGAACUAUAUUUAGAUGGAAAUGUGUCAUUGGUGGAUAUUGGUGAUGAUACCUUUGAUGCUAAAUCUGUGCAGCGACAAUUGGUGGUGUUAAAUGAGUACAUUACUUUGAUUACAAGUUAUGCAAAGACAGCUACUAUGCACAUAUCAGUUUUGGGUGAAAUUGGUGUGAAAGAAUCAUGGACUAAUCUCUUUGUUGUUGGGCCUUUCCCGUGUAGUGAACGUCCCAUUGGAAUUGGAAAGAAAUUCGUAUUCUUCCAGAAAAAAGAUAAGAAACUGGCAUACUUUGAUUUAAGUAACCAGACGAUGGAGGAGCUUAACAUUGAAGGAGGGGUACUCGGUUCUCAAAUAGUUCUUUACAAAGAAUGUCCCUUCCAAUUCUAG